AGACCUUUAAAUGCCGAAGACUUUAUCAAAAGGUCGUUAAAGUCAACUGAAUUCGCAGUAAAUGUAUCUAAUCUGGCUUCACAAUCAUCAAUUAUACCAGUCUGCAUAAGUUGCGGGAACGGUUAGCGUAUAAUAAAAUACACACACUGUUACUUCUCUAAAACGCAUGAAGUUUGACAGUAUCGAGCCAGUUGCUUAGUUGAUUUUGUCCAACUUGGUGUGUCCAGAGUUAGAAAUGACCAGAAUUUAUUGUCUCGAGUGCUGAUAAACAUCUACAGAAAAAGUGGGCUGUUACAAAAUAUUAUUCUUAGGACUUGGCUGUAAAUAACCGAGGUGUUGCUGUCAAAGAUGAAAAAGCAUAAAUUGAGUAAUACAAAAACGAUUGUUUUUUUCCUCAUUAUGUUUUCGUUUUCAUCUUCCGAGCUUAUAGUGAUAGACGGCACCAAAGAUCACAGUUGGAAUGAGUUCAAGAGAGCUUACAAGAAGAACUACACACGUGAAGAUGAGAGAGUACGGAAACCCAUUUGGGAGAAAGCUCUGGCAGCCAUCAUGAAACACAAUGAAGAUCACGCCAGUGGUGUUCAUUCCUUCAAUCUGGGAUUAAAUGAUUUUAGUGAUAUGUCCGAUGAGGAUUUUAUGAACAUGGCAAUGGGCUUAGAAGAUAAAAUGGAAUGCGAUAACAAAAGUUUGUUAUACAGUCCUCCGAAAAACGCAUCAAUCCCAGAAAGCAUAGAUUGGAAUAAAAGAGGUUACGUAACAAAAGUUGUAAAUCAAGGAAGGUGUGGAGCAUGCUGGGCCUUUUGUAGCACUGCAGCUCUAGAGGGACAACAUAAAAGAAUGACAGGCAAAUUGGUGAAACUGAGUGAGCAACAUUUGAUUGAUUGUUCGACAGUAACAGGUAACAAGCAAUGCAGGGGAGGGCGAAUGUGUAGAGCUUAUGAAUAUGCAGCAGCUGUGGGAGGUGUACUGGCAGAUAAAUACUAUCCAUACGAAAAUAAGGGAGGUAAAUGUAAAUUUAAUUCGAAACACAUAGGUGCGAAAAUAAAAGGAUAUAUAGAAAUCCCAUACGGUGAUGAACAUGCACUUCUUAUGGCUGUGGCUUUGAUUGGACCCGUAGCUGUAGGUUUAGAUGGAUACAGGCCAAGAUUUAGACAUUACAAAUCUGGUAUCUAUGAAGACCCUGGAUGCAGCAAUACAACUUUAACACAUGCACUUACAAUAGUAGGGUAUGGCACAGAAAAUGGAAAAGAUUAUUGGUUGGUGAAAAAUAGCUGGGGACCACAUUGGGGAGAAGGAGGGUUCGGGAAAAUUGUUCGAAACAAAAACAAUCAUUGUGGAUUAGCAAGUAGAGCAGUGUUUCCAGUUAUGACAGAAGAUGAAAACGGAGAUCCUGUGCUGCGUGGACCAAGAGCUCAGUAAAAUUUUGGAGAAAAAAAUGAACGCAAAAUAAAAACACUUAAAUAAUAACUUUCAAAAGAAAUUUAAUUUAUUACAAAUGCACAUAUGAAAUGCUUCUGAAUGUUUUGUUACGCACAAUGCCAUGAUGUAAGAUAGUGUACAUAUUAUUGCACAAUAAACUUUAUUUAUCUGCAACUGUGACAGGUGAAACUUAGAAUUCUUAAUCAGUUGCAAUUGAAACUUGUCUUUAUGUAUCUUUGCGGUCGAAAUUUGUUGUAUCGAACAAUGAACGCCCUUAAUGUAUGGUUUUAGAAUCCCUGUUAGAGAAGAAGGAGGAACAAAAAGCACCAAUACCAGUUUGCUUGUCAGAUAGAACUAGGAGGUAUUUCUGAUAAUAAUUUUUCCCUCCUCUUUGCUUCUUCCGGCAAUUAAACAUGUUUUGAUUUCUUUAAAUCUUAUUUUCCUUUGUAAUGAUUUUUCAGAUUUAAUAACGGUUUUGUUUUCUUCUCUGCAUAAAUAUUACCUUGUGAUCGUUAAUGUGUUACCUUGUUUUACUUUAUUUUUGACACAGUUUCUAAAAAUAUAUGUACUAAGAAUGAAACAAUCGUAGUUUGCCCUACAUGUGUUGGAAUUGAAACUUUUUAUUAUGUAUAUACUACAGUCGAAAUUUGUCAGAGUAUGUAAGUUAAUAAAAUUGUAAGUUUUGUGAUUGUUUA